GAACUCAGCUCAUCCGAAAAUUCCAAGCAGCGCAAGAUAUAAACCUCACAAGAAGCUCACUAUCUCUUCCCUCUCCGUUAAAAACGUACUUUACAUCGCCUGGAGAUGUUGACCAUUUUUUGAAUGGCUUGGCUACAGAUUAAAUAUGGAGAGUUUAUACAGCUAUGCAGGCUCAAGGAAAUUGUUUCCAUUUUCAUCCUUCCCAUAUGCACAAAGUACUUCUUUGGGACCUGUUUCCAUCCGUGCAGUUGAUGACAUAAAGUUUAAAAGAAUAACUGGCCAGUCAAAAUUUCUGAUAUUACCUGUAAGGAAUGCAUAUCAUACCUUUAUUACUGCUUGUUCCUGGACAAAAGGGCAUUCUGAUGGGACAUUACAUCUAGUCAUAGAUGAUCACGAUCUACUAUCUAAGUUGAAUGUACAAUCUUCUCCUAAGAAGAUUGAAGGGAAGGAUGUUUUGGCAAAUAACAUUGAAGAGUAUCAAGUGCCUGGCAUUGAUGUGGAUCAACGUGAUGAAGCAGGUGGUUCUUCGAGUUCUGGUAAAAACAUAGUUAAUAUAUGUGAAAGUGAAAUGGAAAGAAGGAAGAAAAUCGGACUAGCAAACAAAGGUAGAAUACCAUGGAACAAAGGGAGGACACAUAGUAAAGAGACUCGAGAUCGCAUCAGUAAGAGGACUAUUGAAGCCUUGAGUGACCCCAAGGUCAGGAAAAGAAUGUCUGAAUGUCCCCGUUCUCAUAGUGAUCAGAGCAAGGGAAGGAUAAGCUCUGCACUGAGGAAGAUUUGGGAAAAGCGGUUACAGCAGAAAAAAUUACAAGAGAACUGUUAUUUGAGUUGGGCCAGAAGUAUAGCAGAAGCAGCAAAAGAAGGUUAUCCUGGCCAAGAGAAAUUGGAGUGGGAUAGCUAUGAGAGGAUGAAGUCUACUAUUAUAUCCCAAUACCUUCAGCAAAAAGCUGAGAGGGCAAGGGCCAAGGAAAUUGCGAAACUAAAAGCGGAGAAAGCUGCAAAAAUUAGAGCAGAAAAUGCAGCCAGGCAUGCUCAACUAAGGAAAGAGAGAGAAGAGAAGGCAAAAGUAAGAGAAAUGAAGGCCUUAGCCCGGAAGAAGUCAGAAGAGAUGAAAAUGAAGAUGGCUUUGUCAAAGGGUUUGAAACUCAGGACAAGGUUUAGCAAGGUUCACCACCCUAAAAAGAACUUGGGGACUUCUUCCAGUAUUCAGAGUGGAAUUGAAGUUGAGCAUCAGCCAAUUGUUGACAAUUUGGAUAUAGAUCAUAUUAAAUUAGAGAAUAUGAGACAAAGAAUUUCACUUGCUGACCAAAUUCAAGCUGUGAAGAACAGAAAAGGAGAGUUCAACUCAAGUAAUUUUCUGGAGAACUCAUUUAUCAGUUCUUCUUCAUCAGAAGUGGAAGCUGAAGAUUUUUAGGUUUUCUUGCAAAGCCGCUCGGAAAGCAGUGUAAGAAUACGAGUGAACUGACAACAUAUGCAGACAUGACGCCUUUGGUGUUGAACUUCUCCAAUGCAAGACAGGCAUAGAGGAAGUAAACAAACCUUUCUGCACAUAAGUAAUUAUCACUCAAGACUGAUCCAUGUCCGUUGAAGGAUUAAUCUAGAAGAGGUAUAAUCAGCUGAUCAAUUGCUAUUGUAAUGAAGACAGUUUGUUCAUUUUUGUGUAGUUCCCAGUUGUGGACAUGUUACCAAAUGUAAAGUUCACUGUGGGCCUGAUGUUAAUUUAAUUGUCAGUAGUUACCAUUAUCCACUCACGGCCAGAGAAUGGGUGACCACUGUAACGAGUAAGAGUUUUAUGAAGGCAUUUAGGUGCUAAAUGAUAUCUGUGUUAUGAACUUCCCGGUAGGUUAUAGCACCGCAGAAUAUUGCUUGAAUUAUCAAGAAAAGAAUAUAUUGUUAUAUGUAAUGAAUAGAGCUUGAAUUCCAUUUCAGAUUUA